CCCACUAACAAUCCAGCAAACCAAAACAGAGACGCCCUCCACCAUUAAAACACACCUCUCCAACAAAAGCUUCUCUAAAUUAGCAAACAUAGCGUUACUCGAAGAACCCCACCGUAACUCCACCGAGGACUCUAGUUCGUGUUUUGGUUUGAGGAAAGAGAACAGCAAAAACCACAAAGAGAAACCAAAGAUGACUCAGACCAACGCCGGAGCUGCAACGGGACCCGCCGCCACGACGGAGCCUCCUCAGCCGCAGAGUAACGAGAUGGUUCUUCACACUGGAAGCUUGAGCUUCAGCAGCCAUAUGUCUAAAGAAGACGAAGAGAUGACUCGUUCUGCGCUCUCUGCGUUUAGAGCUAAAGAAGAUGAGAUUGACAAGAGGAGGAUGGAGGUUCGUCAACGGAUCCAAGCUCAGUUGGGUCGGGUCGAGGAAGAAACCCGACGACUCUCCACCAUUCGCGAGGAGCUUGAGUCUAUGGCAGAUCCUAUGAGGAAAGAAGUGUCUAUGGUUCGUAAGAAGAUUGAUAGUGUUAACAAAGAACUCAAACCUUUAGGUUCCACUGUUCAAAAGAAGGAAAGGGAAUACAAAGAAGCACUUGAUACAUUUAAUGAGAAGAACAGGGAGAAAGUGCAGCUGAUCACCAAACUCAUGGAGAUGGAACAGUUGGUAGGAGAAAGCGAGAAGUUGAGGAUGAAGAAGCUGGAGGAGCUGAGCAAGAGCAUUGAAACCGUGUGA